AUGGAGAUGCCAGAAAAUUAUUUAAAAAGCACUAAGCAGUGGUUAUACAUCGCAUUUUGUUGCAUUGGAGGCAAACUUAUAACACGUAAUAUCAUGUAUACAAGUGAAAGCACAAUUUCUCUGCUUAAUCAUGUCCUUGAGAAUCUUUGCCUUCGAAGUAGCGAACAUUUCAAUGUAGUUCACAAGUUCUACCACCAGAUCAACAAAGACCAUGAUCACAACAACAUUGAUCAUAACAACAAUAACAACAAAAAUAACAUCAACGACAUUAACCACAAUUACAAUAGCAGAAUAAAUAUUAAUAGCAAUCACAUCAAUGACAUUAGCAAUGACAUCAACAGCUACAACAACAUUAACAAUUUUAUCAACAAUGGCAAUAAAAACAACGUCAACAACAACGCCAACAUCCGCAACAGUUUUAUCAGCAACAACAUAAACAACGAAGUUGACAACAACAUCAACUACAACAAUAUCAACUACAACAAGUUCAGCAACAACAACAUCAACUACAACAACUACAACAACCUCAACAACAACAUCAAUUAUAACAACAACUACCUCAACUACAACAACAUCAACAACAACAAUCUCAACAACCACAACAACGUCAACAACAACGACCACAACAACCACAACCACAACAACCACAUGACGUCAAACGCGAGUGUGGUUACGGCGAACGUCGGUGACGUGGUAGAGUUGAAGUGUGCGCCUCACCAGUCAGUUCUGCAUGUUCCCAUGAAUGAUGGUGUCCGUGGUGGCGGUGAUGAUGAUGGUACCGCUGCUGCUGAUGAUAGUGAUGACGAAAACGAUGAUGAUGAUGAUGAUGAUGAUGAUGUUGAUGAUGAUGAAAAGUCUAACGACAAUGAUGAAAACGCCGACGAUGAAGAUGACGAUGACGAUGACGACGACAUGAACAACAGCCACACACAAAUAUGGAGCAACAUUUACAAUCACUACAACUCCCAGUCAUAUCCCAAUAAAAAUAUUAAGGACUUCGAGACAUUCAAAAAAAUUUUCUAUAACCAAACCACCGACCACACAAAGAGCAACAACAGCAGCCACACAAACAUCAACCACAGCGACAUCACCAACAUUAACGACGACCAACACCUGGACGACAAUCUCCAGUUCAUCAUCAAAUGGAAGAAAUCUUCAAUAGAAGCGCCCAUCGUCACCUACAUGCCUCCCAUGCCAGCACGCAUCGAUCUCACUUAUUCCAUCAAACUGGACAUCGUCAACGUCAGCGGAAUAAGACAAAUUUUGAUGAAGAUACAUUGUAGGAACUUCCAUCCAAGCAUCAUAACGAACGACCAACUCUCAGAAGACUUCUUCAAGAUUAUUGACGUAAUGAAGAGACUGAGGUUCAGCUGUUUUGAGAAAAUGUUGAGAUUUGUUCUUCUGUUGCACGAUUGUUAG